AUGGGGAAAAGGGCAGCCGCUACCCGGCCUGCUUCGAACAUACCCCCGGAGUUGCAGAAGCAAAUUGAUCUUGCAAAGCAACUUCACAAGCCAGUGGCAACACCUUCGCGCGGGGCGCCCUCGCCCUCGGAGAGCUUCAGCAAGUCUGACAAGUCUGCAGUGCUUUUGAAAUCCCCGGAAAAGAAGAAAGCCAAGCUUGCCGACGACGCGCAGCUGGACAACAAGCCGACUUUGCGCUGGGGGCAAUCGGGCACCGAUGUGGAGUCGCAGGUUCCGGACGACGAGCAGCAACUCAACUGCGAUUUCUGCGGCUUGCAUGGCUAUGACAUGGGCGGCGCUACACCGUGGAUCCGCAAGGGCUGCGAGAUCUUCUGCAGCAACACGUGCUACGAGCAGGUGGUUGCCGACGAACGGGCGAAGGCUGAGCAGAGGUUGAAGACCAUGAUCAAGGAGAAGCGCAAGGCCUCAGCGCAGAAGGCUAAAAAGGAUGAGCAAGCGCCGGUCAUCGAGAUCAAGGACACGCCAAGCAUGGAGGAGAUCGGCAAGGCGCUGGCGGAGACGCCUACACAGCCUGACGAAGUUGCAGACGAAAUGCAAAUCGAGCAGGGUAAGGACGAGACCAUGAACGCGGAGACGGGCACGACCGUCGAGCAGAAGGGUGGCACCCUGACCGAGCAGCGCAAGGACAAGAACGCGGAGACGGGCACGGUUGAGAGCAACGCGGCGGCGCAUGUCGAGCAGAAGGGUUGCACGCUGACCGAGCAGGGCAAGGACAAGAACACGGAGACGGGCACGAUUGAGAGCAACGUGGCGGCGCAUGUGGAGCAGAAGGGUGGCACGCUGACCGGGCAGGGCAAGGACGAGACCAUGAACGCGGAGACGGGCACGAUUGAGAGCAACGCGGCGGCGCAUGUCGAGCAGAAGGGUGGCACGCUGACCGAGCAGGCCAAGAACACGGAGACGGGCACGAUCGAGAGCAACGCGGCGGCGCAUGUCGAGCAGAAGGGUGGCACGCUGACCGAGCAGGCCAAGGACAAGAACGCGGAGACGGGCACGGUCGAGAGCAAGGCGGCGUCGCAUGUCGAGCAGAAGGGUGGCACGCUGACCGAGCAGGGCAAGGACGAGACCAUGAACGCGGAGGCCGACACAAUCGACGGCAAGGCGGUGGUGGAGACGCCUACGGAGCACAAGGGCGCCGCGCCGGCAGUCCCUUUGGAGCGCAAGGGCAGCCUCAAGCUACUACGGGACCGCCUUCACGAAGUACACGAGAGCAGGAGCUCAUUCUUGCAGCUGAUGAUUGCGGAAGCCAUCAAGAUGGCAGCAGACGCCCCGCAGUUCGAGGAGCAUCUCUCCAGACUGCAAGAGACGCAGAAGCUACUAAAUUUGCAGGAAGAGGACCUGUGCGUGGAGUUCGAGAAGCUAUCGUUGGAGCAGCCGCCGGUUGAUGUGGAAGCUGUGCGCAACUCGCUUGAGCGGGCCUCAACACGCGAGAUUAACGGCACGGAUGACUCUUCAAAGAAGCAAGCCGCGGCAGACACAGAGGCAGCGCAACUAUACGAAGCGUUCUUGAGCUCCCACGAGAACUGGCAGGAGUCCCACAUAGUGCUCAACGCCAAAUCGUCGAGUACUUCGCGGCGUUUUGGCAGCUACAGGUGGCGCAAAUUCAGCGAGAUUGCUGCGGAGUUCGGGGAGGGCGUGGCCCUUGAGAUGCAGGAGUACAAGAAGUCCCAGGGGGCAAAGUGGUACAGAGUGCACCCGGAUAGGCCCACGGACCCCAAUUGGAGCCUUCUCAAAAUCUUUGAUUCUGCCCAUGAAGAACAAGCCAGCGAAGAUGAGAUGAACUACAACUUCACCAGCGGGGGGAAUCUCGAUGCCGAAGGGACCAACAACAUGACGCGGCGCCUCAUCGAAGAUCAAGACGCCCGCCAAGACGGGAACGCUGGCGGCCUUGCCGGCGACAAAGUGGCCGGCGCCGGCGGGGAGCCGACUGGGGUCCCCGGGGUGGGGGGCAACAAGAUCGAUAAGCCUGCAAGAAAAGCCAAAGAAAAGACUGUGAAGCAACAGGCGCAAGGUUUGCUGAAAACAACGGCAACCAAGAUCACGGAAUCAAAAUGCUGGCGGAGCAAAAUGCAGGAAGCAGCGGUGCUGCUCGGCUAA